UAAACCAGUCACACACAUCGUACCUACCUUCACUGGAAGGUAACUUCCUGGACUGCACAUGUCAAUAGAUCUUUGUUGCUGUAUGGCAAAUGCGCGGUGAAUUCAUGAUUUGUUGAAACGUUGUUGUUUUUUUUUUUACAAUGAUUUGAGUUGGAGGAAAGCUGUUUCUUACGUUUGACUGAAUGAAGAUGGAGUUACUUCUCACGGGCGUGUUAUUGUUGUAUUUUUCCUCUACAUUUUCAUGUCUCCAGAUUUUGCGAUGGCCAGCUCUGAACUGUAGUCAAGAUGGUUUAGGAUGUCAAGCCAACAUCACUAACUGUCAUGAUAAAGGGUGGUUGAUUCAUCGUGACUACACCCCCAGCGACCCGGUCAACCUGGAGGUGGGUGUGGACACCAGAGAGGAUGAGCAUGGACAUCUUUUGCCUGUUUUAGUGGCCCGAUGGAAAGUUAAGGAUGACGGAAGUACUCAUUUCCUGGAAGGAACGUUGCUUCAUGUGCUGAUGGAGGCCACAAACCAGUACAUUUGUGUUCAGUAUAAAUUCUUAAACAAGAUAACCAUGCGGAAUCCAGCAGAUGAAAUGUGGUCUUUCUCCCUGGAUCGAGUGGUGGUUGAGCCGGGCUUGUCCUAUGUCGUCUCAGUCUCAAACCUCCCCCAGCCUAACCUAUAUUAUUCUUUUUCCAACAUUUUCAAAGUAGUCACUGUCCCUGAUUGUAAAGACCCAAGAAUACGGAAGACUCGAGUCUGCCUAGAGACAGGUAGCUUGUGGACACCCAAUACUACACUGGAGCGUUCAACAGCACCGCACGGCCGGAGCAUUCUCACCGUGGGCUUCAACGCCGACCAGCAAGCUCAGAAAUACAGCAUCACACUGGACUGUAGCAAUGACCGUCACAGGCAUGAUGUAAACCAGGGAAACCAGACGUGGCUGAGUGUACAGUUUGAUCUUGAUGUGUGGCCCCGGACAUGCUGUUAUUUUGAUGUGGAGAUCCAGCCGUUUUUUGACCUUUGCAGCAACGACUGUGUACGAAGAAGGAAGACCUUUAACAUAUGUGGUGCCCCUAUGACAGUCUCACCGCCUGUCUGUCCAUCUCCUGAAAUCUACAUAGCCAUAAUCGUGACCACUGUACUGAUAAGCUGUGGACUUUUCUGUUUUCUCUUCUAUAAGCUACGCAGAAGACCAAGGGGAGAUCUGGCCCUAGAACCAGGGGUCCAUCCUCCUCCUGCCCCCCCUAGGGUUCCUCCCAGGGUCUUGGUGAUCUACUCCCAGGACCAUCCACUCUACCGGAAGAUUGUCCUGAAGCUGUGUGCCUUCUUGCAGGCUAAAUGUGGCACUGACGUGGUGUUGGACCUGUUGGACACAGCCUGGCUGGGGACUGUGGGGAGACUGCCCUGGCUGGAGUGGCAGCGACAGCAGAUCAGCAGGUCAUCGGAUAAGAUCCUGGUCCUCUGUUCCCGCGGCGUUCAGGCCAAGUGGCAGGCGAUGUGCGGCCAGGGCCGGGUGACUCUCAGGGAAGACCUCCGGUCACCGAUCGACGACAUGCUAACCCCGGCUCUCAACCUCUUCCUGCCCGACAUGCUGCGGGCCGCCGCCCUCGGAAAGUACGUGGUCGCCUACUUCGAGGACAUCAGCAGCGAGAGCGACGUGCCGUCUGUGUUUGACAUCGCUGUGAAGUACAAGCUAAUGAAGAACUUCGAGGAGCUCUGCUUCAGGAUCCUGAACCGGGAGAAGUAUGCUCCGGGACAGGUGUGCCACAUCGAGGGGAUCAGAGAGGAUGAGUACGUCCACUGUCAGUCAGGCAAGGAGCUGCGUGACGCCAUCGAAGCCUUCCAGACCUUCCAACAGGAGAACCCAGACUGGUUUGAGCAGGAGUGUGUGGACGUCGAGGCGGAGGAGGAGGUGGUGGCGGUGACGGAGUACGACGCUCUGCUGGAACAGCCCACGGCUCCGGUAGUGGAGUGUGUGCCGGAGUACAGGGACGGGCCUCCCAUCUAUGUCUGUGGCGUGGACGUACAUGAAGGCUGCCGGGGAGUCCAGGUCCUGAGCGCAGAAGUGAACCUUGGCGGGAAUGGGAGGUCAGUGCUUGAGCUUCUUCCAAGGGUCAACUCUGAGAGCCCCGGGGUUUGCCUGUCGUAUCCGUUCAUGAAGCCCCUACCUGGGGUAACCAUCCCUGGUCUAAACCCCCACACCCCGGAGAGGCUGGCGUGUGACUUGUCAGACCUUGCGAGUGAGCCCCCCCUGGCCAGAGGGAACUGCCUCAGCCUACAGGACAGGAUGGGAACAGCAAGCCACAGCCCUGUUGAGAUCCAGGAGGAGUCAUACGCUCCAUCAUCUGGUCAACCUUCAGCUGAUACCCUGGGGCAACUGAUGUCUCUCCAACUGUCGCUGUCCGGCAUCAGCGCUGACCCAGGUCCUCGCUUUACACAGAACGGCUCCCAAUCACAGCAGCCUGUUGAAAACAACCUGUCCAUCCCUGUUACGAUGGGCCAGUCACAGCUGCCCUUCAGGCCAACACAUUUUGUGUCAGAGGAGAAUGGGUGCCAAACACCUGUUGACCAAUCGCUUCCUUUUGAGACGGACCAAUCACAGCUGUCCUUCACCUCCAUCCAAGUUACCCCGCCUGUGUCUGUGGGUAAACAGAUUCAGUACCUCCCUCCCCAGCCAGAGAUCAGCUACUCCCACCCGGUGGAGGUGAGGGAGGGUCAGUCGGUGGUGGAGGCCCCAGAGAAGAGGCCCGUCAGUGGGUCAGAUCAGGGUUAUAUAUCCCGGAACUCCAUCCAGCAGGACUCUCCUAUUGAAGAGAGCAUAGAGGAUACACUGAUGGCAUUGACCAGGUUACAACAGGCACUGUACUAUAACUGUCCCUGAUUGGCCAGGUUACAACAGGCACUGUACUAUAACUGUCCCUGAUUGGCCAGGUUACAACAGGCACUGUACUAUAACUGUCCCUGAUUGGCCAGGUUACAACAGGCACUGUACUAUAACUGUCCCUGAUUGGCCAGGUUACAACAGGCAUUGUACUAUAACUGUCCCUGAUUGGCCAGGUUACAAAAGGCACUGUACUAUAACUGUCCCUGAUUGGCCAGGUUACAACAGGCACUGUACUAUAACUGUCCCUGAUUGGCCAGGUUACAACAGGCAUUGUACUAUAACUGUCCCUGAUUGGCCAGGUUACAACAGGCACUGUACUAUAACUGUCCCUGAUUGGCCAGGUUACAACAGGCACUGUACUAUAACUGUUCCUGAUUGGCCAGGUUACAACAGGCACUGUACUAUAACUGACUCAGGUUGGCCAGGCUACAACAGACACUUCUUUAACUGUCCAGGGUAGUAACAGGACUACAUUAUCCAGGGUAGUAACAGGACUACAUUAUCCAGGGUAGUAACAGGACUACAUUAUCCAGGGUAGUAACAGGACUACAUUAUCCAGGGUAGUAACAGGACUACAUUAUCCACGGUAGUAAGUUUAUAACUCACACGCUAAACACUCAGACUAUGGACUAUUCCUAAUCACCACUACUAUCCAAUACGUUUGGAACGUUUCCUACAGGGAGGUGGUCCUGAGUGCCAAGAGCUGCCAGGAAAACCCACAGGAAGGAAUUCAUUUCAGGGUCCAUUUGGAAAUUGAAAGCUCAAUCAAAACUGACUAAUACUUAAUGUAUUGUGUUGCAGGAGAAACUGUGAUGAUGUUGCGCUCAUGUUCAUGAAAAUGUUCUUCUUGAAUCAAGA